AGGGAGGAGACCAACCCUGGAGGCGUGGUUAAGCUACCGUCCAUCUUUAGCUAGAGUACAGCGAGUUUAUCGAAAAGAAAACACAUUUUGGAAGUAAAGAAGACGUGUGGGAAAUAGUUUGGGCUAUAAUUGAAAAGAGAAAAACGAAAACCCAGACCCUAGCUAAAGCAGUAACAGACGGAAUGUGGACAGUGUCGUAGUGAAAGCCAUGGCUGACAAGAGAAAAUUACAAGGUGAAAUCGAUAGAUGUUUGAAAAAAGUAGCAGAAGGUGUAGAGCAGUUCGAGGAUAUUUGGCAAAAGCUUCACAAUGCAGCCAAUGCUAACCAGAAGGAAAAAUACGAGGCAGACCUCAAAAAAGAGAUUAAAAAACUGCAACGACUGCGAGAUCAGAUAAAAACAUGGGUGGCCUCAAAUGAGAUUAAAGACAAAAGGCAACUAGUCGAAAACCGGAAACUCAUAGAGACGCAAAUGGAGCGCUUUAAGGUGGUGGAGCGGGAAACGAAAACAAAGGCGUACUCUAAAGAAGGCUUAGGACUUGCCCAGAAAGUAGAUCCAGCUCAGAGGGAAAAAGAGGAAACGGGCCAGUGGUUAACGAAUACGAUAGACACUCUAAAUAUGCAGGUGGACCAGUUUGAGAGUGAGGUGGAGUCUCUCUCCGUGAUGACGAGAAAAAAAAAGGGUGACAAAGAGAAGCAAGAUCGCAUCGAAGAGCUUAAGAGGUUGAUCGAGCGCCAUCGGUUCCACAUUCGCAUGCUGGAGACCAUCCUGCGAAUGCUUGACAAUGACUCGGUACAAGUGGACUCUGUCCUGAAGAUCAAAGAUGACGUGGAGUACUACAUCGACUCGUCCCAGGACCCUGACUUCGAGGAGAACGAGUUCCUGUACGAUGAUCUAGACCUGGACGACAUACCACUUGUGGCCACGUCUCCAUCGGGGCAAGGAAAUAUUGAGGAUGAGAUGUUUCUCAACUCCAGCAGUACGCCCACUUCCACCACCUCCUCCUCACCCAUCCCUCCCUCCCCGGCCGCCUGCACUGCUGUAAGUUCAUGCAAUCCUCCCUUUGCUUGGGACGAUUCCAUCACUUUGGAGAACUCUGAGGACGAUAAGAAACGAGGUCGGUCGACAGACAGUGAAGUUAGUCAGUCGCCUGUGAAGAAUGGCACUCCUUCCCUGUUGUCUUCCUUCUCUUGCUCCUCCACCUCCGGCUCCUCCUCCUCCUCCUCCUCGUUGGUGUCCAUGGCGAGCAUUGUCGGAGGCAUUCCCGUGGUGCCCACAAGCAACAGCCUGAUCGGGAGCUUCAGCAGCGCUGUGCAACAGCACCAGCAUCAAAUGUCGCAGCAGCUGGCGCAGUCUGCAAACCAACAGCAACAGCCAUCGCAAUCCAAGCCCUCGGCCCCCUCCAGCAACACCCCCAGCCCGCCCAGCCACCCACUCCUCCCGGUCUCGGCCCCCAUCCCCAUCCCCAGCGCCCCCAGCUUAGUGGCGGCCCUCCCCCACCCCAUGCCGUCCUCGGGGUCCGCUCCCUCCUCCAGCUGUGGACUUGGGCUGGGCCUGGGUUUGAGCAAAGUGGGCAUCACGGGGACCAGCAGUGCCAACCAAAUGUCCGGUCUUGGCCUGAGCGGCAUGCCGUCGGCGCUAACCACGAUGGCCGGGCUCAUUUCGGCGUCCACCCCUACCCCGUAUGCUCAGGCAGCGGCGUCGGGGGGCCUGGGUCUGAGCAGCGGCGGCGGCGGCCUGUCCAGCGUUGCCAUGGAGAGCAGCCCUUCCAUCCCCACCUCUGGCUCCAGUGGAGUCGCCACCAAUGGCUCCGGCACAGGCCUUAGUUUACUGGGCUCCAGCCCGGCGCACGGCUCUCUCACCGGGGGCCUCCUCGGCCUGGGCCCCGGGUCCUCGCAGGUGACCCUCCCUCCCGUCGGCGCCGCUCCUGGCGGGGGCGUGGGCAUGCUGGGAGGCGGCGGUGCCAACGUCGGCGUGGUCGGAGGAGCGGUGCUCAACGCGGCCCCUGCCAGACCCCCCAGUGGACUCAAGCAGAACGGAACCACAAGUUACAGCGCAAUAGUAGCAGAGAGCUCCACAGAUUCCAAUCCAAGCACACCGAGCCAAUCACAAGGCAGCCAGCCUUCGUCGCUCACGUCCUCGACCAGUCAACCAAUGGACAACGGCCCCAGCCUCAUCAGCUCCAUCACCCUCCCGCCCGGCUCUCCCUCCCCCUCCUUCUCGGACAGCACGCCCGGCGGAAGCAGUCUUCUGAACGGACCGCACUCCUACUCACAGACCCCCGAGGUCCUCAAACUCCCCACAGACCACCGUCAGAUGCUGAUGGAGUCCCGGUUAUCGGCAGUUGCGGGAGAGCCGCCAGGGACCACGGCCACCAACACACGCAAACGAAAGCAGUGUCAGGCUCCUGAGGCUCUCAGCUCUCUGAAGGCCAUGGCCGAGCGGGCAGCGCUGGUCUCAGGCCUUGACGGAGAGAUCCCCAACCUGCACCUCACAGAUAGAGAUAUCUUCUCUAGUUCCUCUGCAGCCCCCGGCACCCCGGUGGCCCCCCAGCCCUCCCUGUCAGAGGUCAGCAUCCCCCCGUCGCUGGGCGUGUGCCCCCUGGGCCCCACGCCGCUCCCCAAAGACCAGCUCUACCAGCAGGCCAUGCAGGAGUCGGCCUGGACACACAUGCCCCACCCCUCGGACUCUGAGAGAAUCAGGCAGUACCUGAUGAGGAACCCGUGUCCCACGCUGCCCUUCCACCACCAGAUGCCGCCUCACCACUCGGACUCCAUCGAGUUCUACCAGAGGUUGUCCACGGAAACGCUCUUCUUCAUCUUCUACUACCUGGAGGGCACGAAGGCUCAGUACCUGUCUGCGAAGGCGCUGAAGAAGCAGUCGUGGAGGUUCCACACCAAGUACAUGAUGUGGUUCCAGAGGCACGAGGAGCCCAAGACGAUCACCGAUGAGUUUGAACAGGAUGGGGCUCAUCUUCCAAGAGCAGCUCUUCUCUACAGCUCAACACCGCCACCACCAGGCACUUACAUCUACUUUGACUAUGAGAAGUGGGGCCAGCGGAAGAAGGAGGGCUUCACCUUCGAGUACCGGUACCUGGAGGACCGCGACCUGCAGUGACGAGGGGCGCGAGGAGGGGCCGUGGGGCGAGGAGCCGUGCUGCUGUUGACAUUCCGAGACUGUCCUCCGUACCGUGGAUAGAGAUUGAUGUGUAGUAGAAGAGGCCUCCUAGAAGGGGGGCCGAGGGUGUCUGUGCAGGCUGCAUCUUCCACGUGGAGCCCCCCGCCACCCCCACCGUAGCGCAUUACUCUUGGCAUGUGCCCCGUGGGUUUGAGCAAAAGAAGCAGUGCGCUGCGUGUGGGCCGGGGGGCGACGAUGGGGUGGCUGCGUCCGUGCCCGUCUGUGUGCACACUCAGUAUGUGGCAUUAGGAAAGCCUAGCCCAUGCAUGUUUCUCAUGGUAUGUUUUUAGUUUUAUUAUUUCCCCUCCUCCCCCAUUGCAACAAGACUCUGUACCGUCACCAUGCCAUCAUCACGAGCCUGGAAGCCCUUGACCCGAUACAAAAACAAGCAUUGGAUUCAAUUCACAUAACAGUCACCGCUCCUCAUGUUUACCGUGAUCUGGUAGAGUUAAAUGGGGAACUGUGCAGUGGACAUUUUGACAUGGUGUGUAGAAAUGGCUUCUUUUAAAGAUCCUCUGAUGCCUGUAGAAUAUGGUCACUAUUGGAUAUAGUGAGUGAUUAUCAAUAGUGUUAUUGACCGUCUUGGUCGAUAAAACACUGAUUGACCACAGGGCCUCUCCCUGUGACAGGGAAAGAAUCCUUAUUGGACAUGGAUUAAAUUGCUAUGCAAUUGAACUGGUCUCUGACUCCCUCUUUACAAAUAAAUGUUUUUAAGUUUACCUGUCUAAGAAAAAUGCAUCUUUAUGGGGCAUUCAUGUUUGUGAAAAAAUAAAAUUGUAAAAUAAAUCUUAA